AUGAGAAUCGCAAUCACAGGUGCCCGAGGCACGGUGGGUAAGGAAGUCGUCAAGCUCUGCGCCCAGGCAGGCCACCACACAGUGCAAAUCAACCGGACCGAGUCCGAACCCGAUGGCACGCCCAACUCGGAGAUGCGCACAGCCGACGUGGCCAGUGACUACGACGCGACCGUCAAAGCAUUCCGGGGCUGCGACGCGCUGAUCCAUCUCGCCGCCAUCCCGAACCCGGUCGACAAACCCGAUUCGACCGUGCACAACAACAACGUGUGCAGCGCGUUCAACGGGUUCCGAGCCGCCGCGGAGAACGGCAUCAAGAGAGUCUGCUACGCGAGCUCCGUGAACGCCAUCGGCCUGGCCUACGCCAACCAGCCGCUCGAGUUCGAAUACUUCCCCAUCGACGAGGACUACCCGCAGAAACCGACGGACUCGUACGCCCUGGCCAAGCAGGAAUCCGAGGUGCAGGCGCGCAGUUUCGUCCGCUGGUUUCCCGGCAUGAACAUCGCCGUGCUGCGGAUCCAUGAAGUCGCGCCACUCAAGGAUGUGCAGAAGGAGCACAAGGACGACUGGGACCAGGCGGCGGUCAAGCAGCUGUGGGGCUGGGUCAAUCCGGUGGCGACCGCGAGGGCGUGUCUGAAAGGUGUCGAGAGCGACAAGUUCAAGGGCUGCGAGAUCUUCAAUAUCCAUGCAAAGACGACGACCCAAGAUACGCCGUCGAGGGAUCUGGCCAAGAAGUACUUUCCCAACGCCGAGAUCAAGGGCGAUUGGGGGAAGGAUAACGCGGCCUUCUGGACGACGGAUAAGGCCGAGAGACUGCUUGGAUGGACGCACGACGAGGAGCAAUGA